AUGGAGAAUACGGCCGCGGUAUUAUUAUCACCCCCGGCAACACCACCGUUACAGGAUGCGAGCCAGGGGCAAAAGGUGAAGCAGGAGCCGGAACAGGACGAUAUGUUGAAGACAAGCAGUGCCAUCCGUCAGGCGUUGAAGCGGAAGUUGGAAAACGCACCUGCCGAUGUGACGACGAGUACAGCAGCGCCACCUAGCGGUGGGUUUGCGACCCCAAACCAAUCGGACGCGUCGGAGGAUGAAUCGGAUCUACCACCACGCAAGCGCCAGUACGUACGCAACCCAGACCAGCUGGAAUCGCACGCAGCGCUGCAGCAGCAAUUGCAUCAGUUGCAUCAGCGCCAACGCCAGCUAAGUGGCUCCAAUGGUGCGCCAACGCCACCACCGUCGGAGUUUUCCGGCUCGGAGGACGAAACCACAAAGUCGGGUUCCGAUGAGGAGCGUUGCUAUUUCCCGGACACGACCACACCCCAGCGCGAAAGCGUCAUCAUGCGCAUCAACAAGGAUGGUUCGUGCACGAAGACGCGAGGAGCCACGGAGGAUGCGGCGGGUGGUACCGAACAAGGGCCAAACAUUUUCCGCAGUUACAAAUUCAAAAUGGGACCUCGCAUGUCACCUCCACCACCGGCCGUACCCGCCGUUCCUGUGGAGCCACACCCGACAAGCGAACAAGGUCAUGUGAAGGACACGAACUCCUCACCCGCGAAGGUUUCCACCCCAGUAUUCGCACCCGUUGCAGCUCGACGUAAGAAGAAGCCGGAAACCACCACUCCCUCCACGCAACCGAUCCUCCUCCCGAAGGUCCUUCCAUCCCCUGGCCCGGUUGCCGUCAGCCCAACGACGCUUCCUGUGAUAGCGCCCAAAAUGGCGGCUAACCCGACGCCCACCACAUCACCCUUCAUCCUGGCCACACCCAACGGCUACCUUCUUCUGCCGCUCGUUCACCGAUCACCACCCGCUGCAUCCGCCACCCCAAAAGCAGCAUCUCCCCGCUCACCCACGGAACCCAUCGAUCUGGAAAAACGCCCAACCACCGGCACACCAAACGCCCCCACCGGCAGCAAACCGGAACGGCGCCGAAUAUACGAGUGUGAUCAUCCAAACUGUGGCAAAAAUUACUUCAAAUCGAGCCACCUAAAGGCGCACCAGCGCAUCCACACCGGCGAGCGUCCGUUCAACUGCAAGUGGCCCGACUGUGGCCGCCGGUUUUCCCGCUCCGACGAGCUUUCCCGCCACAAGCGCACCCACACCGGCGAGAAGAAGUUCAUCUGUCACGUGUGCGAACGGCGAUUCAUGCGCAGCGACCACCUGUCGAAGCACGUCAAGCGCCACAACAAGGACACGGGUGGAAAAGCGGCCGGCGUGUUGACGGCAGGACGACGGGGAGCGGCAGCGGCGGCGGUGGCAGCAGCGACAGCUGCUGCUGCCGCGUCGGCCCUUUACCAACACCACCACACCGCCACGUUUCAAGCGACCCCAAUCCCCGUAAACCCCUAAAAACUUCAGCG